GAGGACCUGGCCCGGCUCAGGCUGGUGUGUGACAGCUCCGUGCUAUUGUGUCUCAAGAAGAGGUUUCACCUCGGCCGCAUCUACACAUUUGGGGGGCCCCUCCUGCUUGCACUGAACCCCUACCAGCCCCUGCCUCUCUUCUCACCUGAGGUCUUGGCCAGCUACCACCCAGGGAAGGCCCCCAACACCAUUCCACACAUCUUUGCCAUCGUGGCCGCAGCCCACAGCCUGUCUCAGAGCCCAGGCCAGGACCCCUGCAUCCUCCUGGGGGGGCGCAGCGGCUCAGGGAAAACAGAAGCCACCAAGAGGAUCUUGCAGUUCCUCAACAGCCUGGAACAGGCCCACACCGGGGAAGGCGGGUGCCGGCUGAGUGACCUGCUGCCGGUCCUCGGUAGCUUUGGCCACGCCAAGACCGUCCUCAAUGCCAACGCCAGCCGUUUUGGCCAGGUCUUGUGUCUCUAUCUGCAGCAUGGGGUCAUUGUGGGAGCCUCUGUAUCACAUUAUCUGCUCGAGACUUCCAGAGUGGUGUUUCAGGCUCAGGCUGAGCGGAGCUUCCAUGUUUUUUAUGAGCUGCUGGCGGGGUUGGACCCCAUGGAGAGGGAGCAGCUCUCACUUCAGGGACCAGAGACCUACUACUACCUCAACCAGGGCCGGGCCUGCAGGCUCCGGGGCAAGGAGGAUGCCCAGGACUUUGCAGGGCUGCUGAGGGCCCUGCAGGUGCUGGAUUUGUGCCCCAAGGAGUUGACCGCAGUCUGGGCCUUGCUGGCCACUGUCCUGCAGCUGGGCAAUAUCUGCUUCUCUUCUUCAGAGCGGGAAUCCCAGGAGGUGGCAGCAGUGUCCAGCUGGGCCGAGAUCCACACAGCAGCCUGGCUGCUGCGGGUGCCACCAGAGCUCCUGGAAGGGGCUGUCACCCGGAGGGUCAUGGAGACACCCUAUGGCCGGGUCUCGAGAUCUCUGCCCGUGGAAAGCGCCAUUGAUGCCAGGGAUGCUCUGGCCAAGGCCCUGUACUCUCGGCUCUUCAACUGGCUCCUGAGGAGGAUCAAUUCACGGCUGGCACCCCCUGGGGAGGGAGGCAGCAAGCGCACCAUCACUGUCGUGGACGCCUAUGGCUUUCAGGCGCUGCAGGUGAACAGUCUGGAACAGCUGUGCAACAACCUGGCCAGCGAGCGCCUACAGCUCUUCUCCAGCCAGACGCUGCGGGCCCAGGAGGAGGAGGAGUGUCGGCGGGAGCUGCUGCCCUGGACGCCCAUCCCUCAGCCUCCAUGGGAGUCCUGCCUGGACCUCUUGGUGGACCAGCCCCACAGCCUCCUGAGUAUGCUGGAUGCCCAGACAUGGCUGUCUCAGGCCACGGACCACACCUUCCUCCAGAAGUGUCACUAUCACCAUAGUGAUCACCCAAGCUAUGCCAAGCCCCAGCUGCCCCUGCCCAUCUUCACUGUGCGACAUUAUGCUGGGACUGUCACCUACCAGGUUCACAAGUUCUUAAACCGAAACCGAGACCACCUCGAUCCCGCCGUGGUGGAGAUGCUUGCCCAGAGCCAGCUGCAGCUGGUCAGCAGCCUGUUCCAGCAAGAAGAGCCCCAGCAAGAUAAACCCACGCUGGCCUCCCGCUUCCUACAGUCCUUGGGGGACCUCCUAGCAAGGCUGGGCAGGAGUCACAUUUAUUUUAUCCAGUGCCUCAACCCCAACCCUGGAAAGAUCCCAGACCUCUUUGAUGUGGAACAUGUGGCAGAGCAGCUGCACCAGGCUGGCAUCCUGGAGACCAUAGGCAUCCGCAGUGCCCACUUCCCCAUGCGCAUCCCCUUCCGGGCCUUCCUGGCCAGGUUCCAGGCUCUGGGGACAGAGAAACAAGGCAGCUCCUCUGACCGAGAGAGGUGUGGAGCCAUCCUCAGCAGUGUGCUGGGGGCUGAGUCUCCACUCUGUCACCUCGGAGCCACCCAGGUCCUCUUGCAGGAGCAGGGCUGGCAGCAGCUGGAGCGACUCUGGGCCCAGCGGCGCUCCCAGGCCUUGCUCACCCUGCGUCGUGGCCUCCGCACCUGCAUCGCCCGCCAGCGCCUCCGCCUCCUGCCCCGGCUGCAGGCUCGAGUGCGUGGGCUCCAGGCCAGGAAGCGAUACCUCCGGCGGCGGGCAGCUCUGGCACAGCUGAACACUGUGCUCCUGGUGACCAGGCCCCUGCUCCAGAGACGGCAGAGGCUGAAGCCUGGGCAUCAGUGUGGCCAGCACAGCAGCAGGAUCUCGGGGACAGUGCCAAGCAUGGAGCUGGAGCGCUUGGAGAUCCCAGCUGAGCUGGCAGCCAUGCUGAGGGCGGCAGAAGGCCAACAGGAUGCCCUGGCUGGAAUCAUCACAGAGACUCUUCCUCCUGAGGUUCCCUCCCGGCCCAGCCUGACCCUCCCACCGGACAUUGACCUGUUUCCCUUCUCCAGCUUCAUCUCUACCAGCUUUCAGGAGCCAUCCCUGCCCAGUCCAGGGUGGCCUCUGGCCAAGCCACUGACUCAGCUGGAAGGAGAGAACCCUCAGCAUGCCCUGGACAUCAACAAGGUGAUGCUGCGGCUCCUGGGGUAUGGAUCCCUGCAGUCCUGGCAGGAGCAGACCAUGGGCACUUACCUGGUGCAGCAGGGGCAGCGCCGGCCAGGGCUGAGGGACGAGCUCUUCAGCCAGCUCGUGGCUCAGCUCUGGCACAACCCCGAUGAGCAGCAGAGCCAGCGAGGCUGGGCACUCAUGGCCGUCCUGCUCAGCGCCUUCCCCCCAACACCUGCCCUGCAGAAGCCGCUGCUCAAAUUCGUGUCUGACCACGCCCCCCAGGGCAUGGCGGCGCUGUGCCAGCACAAGCUGCUAGGGGCCCUGGAGCAGACCCCAUUGGCCCCAGGGUUUGCCCGGGCCCACCCUCCCACCCAGCUCGAGUGGAAGGCCGGAUGGCGGCGGGGCCGGAUGGCACUAGACGUUUUUACCUUCAAUGAGGAGUGCUACUCAGCUGAGGUGGAGUCCUGGACCACGGGGGAGCAACUUGCUGGGUGGAUCCUACAGAGCAGAGGCCUGGAGGUGCCCCCGCGUGGCUGGUCCGUGUCAUUGCACUCUGGCGAUGCGUGGCAAGACUUGGCGGGCUGUGACUUUGUGCUGGACCUGAUUGGCCAGACCGAGGAUCCGGGGGACCCAACUGUUCCGCGCAGCUACCCCAUCACCCCCCUUGGCUUAGCCAGGGACAUCCCGCCUGCCCCUGGUGUCCGGGCCCCCUCUUUGCCCCCAGGCCUUCCUCCGGGUCCAGCCCCAACACUGCCCGGCAGAGGCUACACAGGGGAGUCCCGGACGUCAGGGAGCCUGGAUGGCUUCCUGGACCAUCUCUUUGAGCCCGUUCUUGCCCCUGGCUUCGGUGACCUGGAACAAGGCUGGGCACUGAGCAGCCGCAUGAAGGGAGGGGGCUCCAUUGGGCCCACGCAGCAGGGCUACCCCAUGGUGUACCCAGGAAUGAUGCAGAUGUCUGGAUACCAGCCAGCUAUGAUCCCUGCGCCCAUGCCCAUGAUGCCAGCGAUGGGCACAGUCCCUGCCGUGCCAGCCGUGAUGGUGCCGCCACAGCCACAGCCCCUGGUUCCCAGCCUGGACACGAGGGAGCUGGCAGUCCAGCAGCAGAACUUCAUCAACCAACAGGCGCUACUCCUGGCCCAGCAGAUGACCAACCAGGCCAUGAGCCUGUCCCUAGAGCAGCAGACUCAGCAACGCCAGCACCAAGCCCCGGCCUCUCCAGCUGCCUCCCCGGCGCCACCCCCCGCUGUCACUCCCAAGCCCAAGAAGUCCCCUGCCCCCCAGAAGCAGCCCGAGUAUGACUUGGAAUCGCCCGGUGCCCGCUCAAGGGAGACCUCAGAGGGGGCUGAAGACAGGACCUGGCACCCCAAGAGCUUCCAGCAGAAAAGGGACUACUUCCAGAAGAUGGGGCAGCAGCAGGUCACGGUGAAGACGAUGAAGCCUCCAGCCAAGGUCCGGAUCCCCGAGCAGGAGGAGACGGAGGAGGAAGAAGAGGAAACCAGAGAAGGGCUGUCUCCUCCUCCUCCUCCUCACCCUGUUUUGAAGAAGCCACUGAAACAAAGUGGAGCCAAAGCUGCAACAAAGGCGGAGGGUGAGCCGACUGAAGAGGCCAGGCCUGCUCAGGGCAGGAGGCCUGCCGUGAGCAGCUCAGACCCCACGCCCCGGUCGGAGCCUAGCAGGGAAAUUCGGAACAUCAUCCGCAUGUACCAGAGCCGCCCGGGGCCCAUACCUGUGCCUGUGCAGCCUAUCAGGCCUCACAAAAGUUUUCUUAAGAAAAAUGACCCUAAGGACGAGGCUCUGGCCAAGCUGGGGAUCAAUGGUGCCCACUCACCCCCAUCGACACUGGCCCCCAGCUUGGGGAAAGGCCCUCCACCAGCUGUGGCUCCUCGACCCAGGUCCCAGCCACGACAUGAGCCCUCCCUCUCCAUCAGGGAAAAGCAGGGGCCCCUCCGGGACCUGUUUGGCCCAAUCCCACCCACUACCCAGGCACCCCCACCUCCACCAGCACCACCACUGCCUCUGCCUGAGGAACCCCAGACCUCUUCAGCAGAGCCUUGUGCUUUGGCAAAGCCCAUGGAGGACCAGGGGGUCUCCACCCAGCUACUCCUGCCCUCUGGCAGUGUGUGCUUCUCCUACACCAAUGUACCCUGGAAGUUGUUCCUGCGCAAGGAGGUUUUCUACCCCCGGGAGAACUUCAGCCAUCCCUACUCCCUCAGGCUUCUCUGUGAACAGAUCCUGCGGGACACCUUUGCUGAGUCCUGCAUCCGGAUUUCCCAGGACGAGCGGCACAAAAUGAAAGACCUGCUGGGAGACUUAGGGGUGGGCCUGGACUCCCUCACUACCACUGAAGACAGUGUCAAGAAGCGCAUCGUGGUGGCUGCUCGGAAUAACUGGACCAAUUAUUUCUCCCGCAUCUUCCCUGUUUCGGGCGAGAAUGGUAGUGAUGUGCAGCUACUGGGCGUGUCUCACCGGGGGCUAAGACUCCUCAGCAUGACCCAAGGCCCCAGCUUCCACCUGGACCAGCUGAAGACACUCUGCUCUUACAGCUUUUCCGAGGUGCUGGGAGUGGAGUGCCGGGGUGACUCCACCCUGGAGCUGUUGCUGAAGAGUGAGCAGCUGGUGCUGUACACAGCCAGGGCGAGGGCCAUCAAGGCCAUGGUGGAGCAGUUCCUGAGUGAGCUGAGAAAGGACUCUGGCUAUGUCAUCGCCCUCCGCAGCUACAUCACCAAUGACCACAGCCUUCUCAGCUUUCAUCGUGGGGAAUUAAUCAAGCUAUUGCCAGUGGCUACCCUAGAGCCAGGCUGGCAGUUUGGCUCUGCUGGAGGCCGAUCGGGACUCUUUCCUGCUGACACGGUGCAGCCAGCUGCUGCUCCUGAUUACUCCUUCUCGUCAGAGCAGAAGAGCAGCUGGCAGCGCAAGAGUCAGCCACAGCUUGCAGAGCCAGGCCCAGCUCAGUGGGACAGGACCUGGGAGAGCCCCGCCCACCCCCAGAGCCAGGCACACAGUGACGACUCAGAGGCCACCAGCCUGUACUCCUCCAUGGUCUACACCUCUCUGUCCAAUGAUUCCCACAACUACACCAUGCAGGAAUUUGCACAGCACUACUUCCGGAAGCCUCUCACCUUGCUGGACCUGACAGGUGGAGGUGCCAAAGCGAAGGCCAUGGCCAGCCUAGUACAGUACAGCCAGGCUCCCAUCCAGGAAUCACUCAUCCGCCUCAGUGAUGAGAACACAAGCAGGCAGGCUGUGGCGGGAUUUGAGGCACUAAUGCAGUUUAUGGGGGACCAGUCUAAGCCCCGUGGCAAGGAUGAGCUGGAUCUGCUGUACAAGCUGCUGAAGCUGUGCCAGGAGAAAGACCUUAGGGAUGAAAUGUACUGCCAGGUCAUCAAGCAGAUCACAGGACACCCCAAGCCGGAGCACUGUGCCCGGGGAUGGAGCCUCCUCAGCCUCUUCACAGGUUUCUUCCCCCCAUCCACCACACUGAUGCCGUAUGUGACCAAGUUCCUGCAGGAUUCGGGCCCCAGCCAAGAGCUGGCCCAGAGAAGCCAGCAGCACCUCCAGCGCACAGUCAAAUAUGGGGGACGCCAGCGACUGCCCCAACCAGGCGAAAUUCGUGCUUUUCUGAAGGGGCAAGCAGUCCGCCUGAUUGUGAUUCACCUACCCGGGGGUGUGGACUACAGGACCAACGUGCAGACCUUCACGGUGGCAGGAGAAGUGCUGGAGGAGAUGUGCGGUCAGAUGGGCAUCACGGACCCUCAGGAAGUACAGGAAUUUGCCCUCUUCCUCAUCAAAGGGGAAGGUGAGCUGGUUCGGCCCCUGUGGCCCCACGAGUACCUCAAUGCUGUGGUGGUGAACCAGAACAUAAGCGUGCACAGCCGGCGCCUCAGCUGGGAGACCCCGCUGCACUUCGAUCACCCCGUCUACACUGGCACCCACUAUGCCCAGGUGCUGCGGGACUACCUACAGGGAAAGCUGAUGGGCCGUGCCCCGGCAGACACUCAGCUUGCCCAGCUGGCUGCCCUCCAGCACCUUGGCAGGGCCAGCAAAAGCCCCCCCUCAGAGCAAGACAUGCUGGAUUACAUACCAAAGACACUGCAAUGGCAGGUGAACAUGGACAUCAUAAAGAGUUUAACAGGCCAGGAGCUGAGACAGCUACAAGGACACAGCCCCCAGGAUGCACAGAUCAGCUUCAUUGAGGCCAUGAGGCAGCUGCCCCUCUUUGGCUAUACCGUGUACGUGGUGCUGCGAGUGAGCAAGCUGGUGCUUCCUGGACCCGCCCUCUUGGGGCUGAAUCGCCAGCACCUUGUCCUCAUGGACCCCACCUCCCAGAAAAUGUGCUGCUCCAUAGCCCUGAAGGACCUUCAGCGGCUCCAUCUGCUGAGCCCACUAGAGCCCAAUGGGGCCCCUGGACUGGAGCUCAACUAUGGCUCAGCUGACAGCCCUCAGACCAUCUGGCUGGAGCUGCCACAGGCUCAGGAACUACACCACACCAUCAUCUUCCUGCUGGAUGGCAGCGCAUCUUCCGCUCAGUGGUUCCAGUGGCCCAGCCUCAGCUGAGGGCCAGGAGACCUCUCCCUAGCCCAGGUCCCACCUGGACCCUCUGCCUUGGGUGCUAGUAGGUUGUUUUUAGUUUGGACCUACCUGGCUCUGCUCUGGAACCUACUACAGCAUAGCCCGGCUGGCCCAUGUGGAGACUUCAUCUGACUUCAGAUGGGAAAAAAAAUAGCCAUACUCCCUCUGGGGUGGGCGAGGGCCCAAUGUGGGGGCUACAGGAACCUGGGUUGCACAUCUAACAUUGCCCAGCCUGGGGGAGAUGCCUACCUGGCCCCAAGUACCCACCAGGGUCUAUGUCAGCACGAGCCCAGACCUGGAAGAAGCUGCUAAGAAAAUAAAACUCCUAAGAACAAA